AUGAAUGUGAAUAUCACAACGCAUGCGGUUUCUCAAUGGCUAGCUAGCUUACGUCGUCAUCAUUGCUGGGAAGGUAUUUUCUCUUCAUUACAACAACAACAACGACGACGACCACGACGACCACGACGACCACGACGACCACGACCACGAUCACCACCACCACCACGCAAAAGCCACGCACGCAAUGACACCACGAACCCGAUCGCAAUCCGGAGGGAAACCCCCAAAAGCCAUGCUGCCGGUCCAAGCCCACCACACCUCUCUCAAGAAACAACAACCAUCCCCUCCACCACGGAAAUCCAAGAAGCCCCCUCCUUCGCGGUCGACAGUGAUGAUCCCCAUCCCGCAACCAUCGACGGCCUCACUCACCACCACCCACCCUCGUCUCCUCCCUCCCCUCACCACUCUCGUCGUCCUCGCCCAGCCCCUCACCCGCCGCCUCUCUCCCGAGCAAGGCAGCCUCUCCCCGCGGCCCCCCCUCCCCCCCUCCAGGUCGCGCAAGACGCUCCGCGGCCACCGCUCCGUCGCCUGGAGCAAAGACCGGGUCGAGGCCCACCACCGCCCGGGCUUCGAGGCCGCGCCGCGCGCGCAGCCCCGGUGGCGGGAGAACCUCGCCGAGCGGCUGGCGGACGCGCCCGAGGAGAAGGAGGCCUACCUGGCGCAGCUGAGGAGUCUGAGGGCGCUGCAGCGGAAGCUGGAGUGCUGGAGGCUGGCUACCCAUGGUAUUCCGUUACUGACUUUUUGGCGGGGGGGGACUCAGGUGGGAAUGAGAGGCUGGAAGAAGUGGAACCGGAGGCUCCUCCGCGACAAGCGGGUAGUGCGCAGUCUCGAGCGAGGCGAGCGGCUCGACAGCGGCAUGAAACCGUGGGAGAUGAGCCAGGUGUGGAAGGCGAGCGGUCUGAGGCUGGAGACGAAGGCCGGAGACGGAGGCGGAGACGGAAAUGGAGACGGAGGCGGAGACGGAAAUGGAGACGAAGGCGGAGACGGAAAUGGCGAUCGAAACGGAGAUUUCCACUUGAGCGAUUCAUGAUCUAUGUAUGGUCUGUGGAGGGAUCCGGCGUGGGGGGCCAGGGGGUGGAAAAGAGCUCUCGGGGUGGAUGGUGA